AUGGCAAUGUUUUUCAAAAGAAGUACUGAUAUGUUCCGUUAUACGGAAAAGCUGUUAUAUGGUCGAGUGGUUAGAAUUAAACCCAAAUUGGAAUCUUGGGAUAAAAUCUGCGCCGUUGUUAGUCUGGACGUUGGUGCGACUUUUGGCGAAUCAAUAGUCCAUGACUUGCCCAGAGAUAUGACUGUGUGCACGAAAACUACAUGUGAGCUACUCAGAAUACACCAGAAUGACUUUAAAAAGAUUUGGGACAAACACUCAAAUCUGAUGAAAGACUUAUUCGCUAGCAAUAAACUAAGAAAUGGUAUGGCCAGUGGAAGUCUAGCCAAGUGCCAAUCUCCUCCACCUGUGAUGUCUCAGACACGCAGAACGAUUACUCCUGAUAUUCCUGAUCCAGCCGAAGUCAUUACGGAGAACCCCAGUAUGCCGAUGGCCAGAGCCGGUUGGGUACUGCGCACGUUGUUACUCAGUGAUCAAAACACCGUACUCAGGGACCGGAAGACCGGUGGUGGCCGAUCCGUGGUCCGGAGGUGCGCUUCCGGCAGCGAGCUCAUUGACUGGCUAAUGAACCUAGUAUCCACAGACCACGAUUCGUUCAGCAGACACGAUGUGAUUGGCAUGUGGCAAGCUCUACUUGAGGAAGGAGUCAUAUCGCACGCUACCGGGGAACAUCCGUUUAAGGACAAGUGUCUAUUCUACAAUUUUUGGCAAGACAGAGAAGGUGCUCUUAACACACCCACCAUACAAGACGUGGCCGAGGCCGAAGAGCACCUAGACGAGGCAUUACAGGAACUUGUCCACAGGGGACCGGAUGCACACUUACGUCUGAUUCUUCGAUCACCAAUUUUUCUCUUUUCAGAUUCUACUAAAUAUUUAUAUUGCAUUAUUUGUACGUGUGUGCCAGAACAAGAAAAAUCUGAAGGAGUGGAUAUAUCGGGCGAUUUUGAUUCACUAAGCACCAAGGAACUGGCAUAUCACAUGACACUUUUUGACUGGGAAUUGUUUUGGAACGUCCAUGAGUAUGAAUUGAUAUACUUAACGUUUGGCAGACAUCGAUUCCAACAAAUAACAGCAAAUUUGGAUAUAUUUCUCAGACGUUUCAACGAAAUCCAAUAUUGGGUUAUAACUGAGAUAUGUACGUCACAAAAUAUAUCAAAAAGAACGAAUAUACUGAAAAAAAUGAUCAAACUAGCAACAUACUGCAAAGAGUAUUAUAAUUUCAACGCAUUCUUCGCAAUCCUUAUGGGACUGAGCGACGUGGCUGUCAGUCGGUUGUCGACAACUUGGGACAAGUUGCCAUCCAAAUCACGGAAACAGUUUACUGAAUAUGAGACGCUCAUCGACCCGAGCCGGAAUCACAGGGCUUACAGAAUCACCGUGGGCAAAUUACCAUCUCCCAUGAUACCAUUCAUGCCCCUUCUCAUCAAAGACAUGAAAUUCACCCAUGAUGGCAACAAAACGCACGUGGACGGUUUGGUUAACUUUGAAAAAAUGCACAUGCUGGCACAAACCAUGAGGACACUUCGGUAUUGCCGAGCCAGGCAUUUGGUCUUGGACCCGCCGGUGUCGAAAAACGAAGCUGACGUCAAGUCGUACGUGAGCUGUUUGAGGUGCGUGAACAACGAACGGACGUUGAUGAGCAUGUCUCAGAAACUAGAACCCAGGAGAACUUAAACACUCGUCUAGUCAUCUACGACUGCACCAUAACCUAAUAGACACACCUAAUACAAUAUAUUAUAUUAUGAUAAGUACACACAUGCGUAAAUUCAAUGAGUAUCAAGUAUUUUAUUUAUGUWUAUACGCUGCAGUACGUCAUAUCACAAUGAGCGUUAUAUAUAAUAUAUUAUAUUUUGUUCUACAUCGCAUAAAUUUUGUUUUUGAUUUUUUUUUUUAAAUUUUUGUUUCGUGUAAGUUAUAUUAUACAAUUAUUCAUAGGAGUAGUACGGUUAAUUAUCAUUAACGAUGCAUGAAUCGCCUUUCUCAAACGAUAAUAUUAUUGUUAUGAUUAAUUAUAAGUGUCUCUUUUUUUCUUUUCUUUUUCUUUUUUACCCGGAUAUUAGACGUGUUAAUACAGGGUAAGGAGAUACGUCACAGUACUGUUUUGUUUUUUCUUAAAAUGUAUUUCUCCGUUCUUUCCCAACAUUACGUUUAAUUUAAAUGUAUAUUAAAACAUAUGAGACAAUCAGAGAACGACGAUAAUCAUUGAUGGAUGAAAUUUAAUAAAUACGAGACGGCUGUUAUUAUUUAUUAUUUAUUAGAUAUAAUUAUUAUAGUUACAUCGUACUUAGGUACUGAUGCAAGUCUUGUUUGCAAAUCGCGACAAUGUUUUUGAUUAUAAUUAGUAUAAAAUUAAUAUGAUAUUACUUUAAUAAAUUAUGCAUCACGGAAACACCAUAGGUUCUUAGAGCUUUAUAAACAUAGACAUAUAUUAUUUUAGAUAUACGAAUAGAGUGUGACAAAAUUCAGUACGAAUUACUGCCAUGUCGAGAGACUUUUAAUAUCAUUUUUCGAAAACUAACAUCAAUAAUAAAUUUUAUAAAAAAAAAAGUUAAAAACAUUAUUAUAUUAUUUUAGAUAACGGAUAAUAUAAUUACUAUAGUAUGUUAUGUCAUAUGAAACGUUAGUUUUUCUUUCUUCGGCAUUGCUGUUAAACUGAUAAUUUUCACACUCUAAAUAUUAUAAAUAUAUAUUUAAAUAUAAUAAUACAUUUAUAGGUACCUAUAAAUAUUUGUAAGCAUCGACUUUAUGUACACUUAUUCUUAUCAUUAUUAAGAUCUAGUCUAUUUUAAAAUUUAUAUAGUAUACUUUUUUCAACUACAGAUAUUUUUUUGUGAUAAUAAUAUUAUGGGUCCAUUUUUCCAACUUACAAUUAUCUUCCGAAUAUUGUUUAUUUGUUCGUUUGAUCAUUUUUUAUGUGUUUCUUAAACGGCGUUUGUAUUUUAAUAGCUAUAUAGUGAUUUAAAUAUUGUAUACAAUAAUAAUAUAUGAGAUGAAUUCGCAUACAAUUGAAUUGAUAACAGAUGAUAAACUGUAA